AUGAGCGCUGACGAAGGCGGAGGUACAUUGAUGGCUGCCCCAAACGGCGAGCGUUCUACUGCCACUCCUGAUCCGUCCAUCUUGGCGACGCCGGGCAAACGAAAGCGUGUUUCAAGCCAGGAUGAUAAGGCCGCGCACGAGGCGACCGCUACGGCGCUGAUGGACGAAAGGGCAAAACUGCAAGAGACGUUGCGUAACUUGGUUGAUAUCCUUAGCAAAAACGACACCGAACUCCAGCUUUUAUCCUGUCCUCUACCAUCAUCGCCAGUGAAACCCCGCUCGAAACGCGCAAGAAUUGCCGGAGAGAAGGAGGAAGCCCCCAGCAUCCAAGCGCGUGUCGCGUCGGAUCGCUACGCCACGCUCUCCGAGUUUCUGAGUGAUAUCGAAAAGGCAUCCGCGGCGGUGAUUGAAAGGAACAAGGCUCAGGCUAGCGGUCCGCCAACUGAUGGGACACCGGUGACGGAGACCGUCAAUCGUAUAGCUGCCUUCAAAAAACUGCUCAACAGUCUCGUUCGCCAAGCGCAUGUUACCCCUGCCAAUAUCAAGUCGGAAACCCCCGGCAACGAGACAGAAUCAUCAGAGAAGCCGAUCGCGGCAGCAGAAGAAGUCCGGAAUGGCGGUUUGGUUUUGACCUUAUUUGGCAACCCGGCCAAUCCCAAACAACUAUAUUCGAGUCUACAGAAAUCUGUCAAAGUUCCACUGUCUUCGGAUGAAUCAGAAUCAAAGAAGUAUGUGGAGGUGCAGACGCCACUACCGGAAGUGGGCCUUCCCAAUGGAAUUACUACCACAAAGGUUCCUCCUUACGACGACGACAAGAAGCCAAAGGUAGCAAAACGAACAUUUGGCGAAGUCUUUGCUCCGAAAGCUACAUUGCCUCAGCUGGAGCUGCCGCGGAGAGCUCGGCGUACCUCUCAAAUCACUUGGAUCGAUCCUUUUGACGCCGUCACCAAUUAUAAAGCCUUUCUUGGAGAUCGGAAUAACUACGCGUUCGCGCAAUUCCCUUCUGGAAACUGGCUCCAAUACGGUGGGGUGACUUCUUCGCCUUCCUUUUGGGGCCGCCGUCAGAAACAACAGUCUUCCCAGCAACACAGCGAAGAGAGGUAUCACGAGGACCCAAUUCUCUGGGCAGAUGACGAUGCCGCUAUACUUCAAGGCGUGUAUUCGUCCUUUGUCCCCUCUUUCGACAGCUCCAAUGCUGUAGUACAGGCGGACUCAAAGAACUUGGUAUGGUGGAACAAGCGAGGAGCAAAGCGUCUGAAUGUAUUAUUAUCAAUAGCGGACCAAGGAGACGCUCAGGAUACAACUGUCCAACCGGGGAGCAUCGGCGAUCUAGAUGAAAGCACACUGGACGAAAUGGUCAAAUCAUGGAAUCUCGCCGACUUUGCCGAUGCUUCUGUUCCGUCUGAUGCAGCAGAGAACGAUGAACAAAAAGCAGACAAAACAUCUGAGGAGAAGGACACAGAGGACCUGCUAGCUGAAAUUUCGGACUUGUUGGAAACGUUGAGUUCUUAUCAGAAGAUUCGCCAUCUGGAGUUCCCAGCUUCCACUCAAGGUUCAGCUCCCAGUCAAAGCGCCGAGGCUAAGGAGACACCGUCUGCUCAAACCGCCCCAGAUAAACCAUCCGAGGCGGAACAAGAGGUCUAUGAAACGUUGAGAUCUAGUUUAUCCGUCCUCGUCUCGCAACUUCCCCCGUUCGCCGUUGCCAAGCUGAACGGCGAUCAACUAGCGGAACUAAACAUCAGCCAAAAGAUUUUGGUCGAAAGUACGGACUACCCAGGUAAUAUGGAGAAGGAUGAAUACACCAUCCAACAAGAAAGGGCAGCGGCAGCCGCGACAAAUCCAGUCGCAAACAGAACGUCAACGCCCUCGCGUCCCGCUAACUACCAGCAAUACAACCAACGAACCUUCAGCGCCAAUACUCAAAUCCAACCGCAAAGGAACUUCCAGGCUCCCCAGCCUUACUACCCGCAACGACAACCUUCGACACCAGGUGCUUAUACACCCGGCAACCCUCAACACUUCCAGGCAUCCCGCCCUCCAGCCACGCCUGGUCAGCGGCCAGGGUAUUUCCCAGGAUACGGCCAGCCUGCGCCGCAGUUCAAUCAGGGAAACCCAGUCCCGCAAUAUCAGCGCCCGGGACAGAACGGAUAUAAUCCGUAUUCGCCUCAACCAGGGUCAAACCCCCCUCAAGGUUCACCGCAACACUACACCCCGCGUCCGGGGCAGCCAACGCCGUACAACGCGGCGCCUUAUGGACCUGGUCGCAGUGCUUCCCCUCAGAAGCCACCGUCGUAUGCAGCUCCACGGGCGCCCUAUAAUAUGCCGCCGGCAGGAACCCCCCAGCAGCGCUUCAUGCCACAUCCGCAGCCGCAACAACAACCCCCGUCCGGAUACGCAAACUACACCCCCAACCAAACUCCAAACACUUACUCCAAUUCCGCUGCAGCUGUGACCUACGCCCGCAGUGCCGCCGAGCAGGCCGCCCUGAUGGACCGAAAUAGGGUACAACUAGCAGCCCAGGGCUCUCCCGCACCUCAACCACAACCUAUCCAAGAUUACCGCGUUUCGCAUGACCGGAGCGUCACCCCGGGUACCAAACAGAGUGCUACACCGGUACCUUCAUGA